AUGCCACUAAGGACAACAUUCGAAGGCAAGCCUCCCUCAGGAAGAUGGCCAAGGAGAUCAUCAAAGCGGAAGGUUCUUUCCGUCAAUAUGAUCAGCCUUCCACUGGCAGACUUCCGGCACCUCGCUCACAUUGGCUCAAACGCUCAAACCGACAACUUUGGGGACCUCUCCUUCCUGAAACAGGGCCACAGUCUGCUCCUGCAGAGCUCUCAAAGUGAGCAGAACCUCUUCCUGGCCUGCGCACCCCCUCCAAAGCCACCCCGCCUCAACCUGGACGAAGCUGAGACAGGCCACGGCAGCGACACUAACUGGGUCUCGCAACGCCAGUCUUCAGUUCAGAGACGGAAAAAAUGCAGCUCGCUGCCACUUUUGGACACUGAAGAAGUUGAGGAAGAAGCAUACGAACUCAAUGCCGAAGAGGCCCCCAUCAGCCGGAGCCCUGGCCGAGGGAGCCUGAGCUCUGGUAGAGAUUCUACCCAAACCGGCCCAGACGAAACACAGCCAGACGUUGACACAAGUUUUUCCUUCAACCUGGACCUGGGACCCUCUAUUCUGGAUGAUGUACUGCAGGUUAUGGACAAACUUAACCAGUAAAGGAGAAACUAUGGACAUAUGCAGUUAACAGGUGACACGACGUUAGGACAUAAAUGGAAUACAAAUGAAUGGCCCAUUGAUGGCCUCUUAACUUUAGUUUUGUUUUAAAACCCUGCAAGAAGAGUGGAAAAUACUAGGCAUUUUCUAGGAUGUAGACAUCUGCUUGGACAUGGAUACAAUCUUCUCUCUGUUGCACAACAAGUAUUUGACUUCUACCUGGAUAUCAAGGAAUAAGCAAUAGCUUAGAGCUCCUUUUUUUAAGA